UCAGAGUAACGACGAUUUCUGCAUUUACAUAACAUAUAUUGUUAUAACUCUUAUAUAAGAAACGUUCCAGUUUAGUGAACAAAACCAUCGAGCGGCAAAGUCUAGGUAUCUCAAUUGCAAAGAUCAAAUUUAAAAGGGAAAUGUCAGAGAGGGCGCGCGAGAAUGUACUCGAAUCUGAUAGAAUUAAAAGCGAACUCAAGUUUGUGACCAGCGAUGAGGAAGAAGCAGAGAGGAUCCUUGAGCUGUGGCCUUCCGAAUGGCCGCUAGCAGUUGAAAAAUCUAAAACCUUGAUUACGAUGAUAUCGACGGGUUCGUUAAGCGAGAUUCAAGAGCGGAUUAUCUCAUUCCUUGACAAACUCAAAGAAGCUGGCCUUCCCCGAUCUCAGAACGUAUCUAUCGAUCGAACCAAGAAGAACGCAGGCGACGACACGAGUGAUCAAGACGAAGUCAAUGACGAUAGCAGAGUCGGCUGUGCCCAAUAGAACGGUAAAUCUUGAUAGGCAGGAUACGUCACGCUAAUUAGUACUCGACGCCUUCAUGUCGGCUACGGAAGACAAUAACGCCCCGCCGAAGGGUCCACAGUGUCGCGUUCUCAUCCAACAGUGCGUGCAAGCAGAGCUGCAUAUAGAUGAUGCCAAUUUGGUGAAAAUUGAUCGUGGCAUUGUCGUCUUUGUAUCGUUCUUCGCUGGUGCUACCGAGGAUGUAGUGCGAAGGGCUGCACAGAGUAUUCUUAAAAUAAAACUCUCGGAAAACCACGACGGUAAACUAAUAUCUGUGUUGGAUCUUCCGGGCAGCGUCUUGUUAAUCCCUCAAGCCUGCCUUGGAGGGAAGCGGAAGAACAAUGCGGUGCAGUAUCACCAGUUAAUAGAAAAAAAUAAAGGAGAGGUUCUUUUUAAGAUUAUGGAAUCAGAGCUCCAAAAACACCUUUCGUCUUGCCCGAAAGUCACGGCAGUGGCAGAUGAGACGUCGAGGCCAUGUGUUCGUAGUGGAACGUAUGGCAAUCGACAAGUUCUCAAAAUGGAUUCAUCGAUGGGACCUUUCUCGCACGUUAUUGAUUUUUGAGCUGCUUUAAAAAUCACAGGAAAGAGGUGAUAAUUAAAUAAAAGUUUGCUCAAUUGACAGAAAUCCCGA